CGUGGGUGCCCCCCCCUCUCCCCGCCCGGAUUAGUGGCAGCUUGGCCUGACUCUCCGGGGCUUCUUCCCCCGCCCCCGCCUGCUGCCCUCCCCUGGGCAGGGGGCUGUUCUACCCGAGGGGCACUGUGCUUGCCCAGGGUGCUGGAGGAGGAAACCGGCGGAGCAGCUUCCCCACUCUCAGUUGUGCGUCUGGCGAUGGCGAUGAGAGGUCCUGCUGCGCUGUCCGCCGCGCUCUGCCUCCAUUAGUCGCACUGCGCGGUGCUGCGCCCUCGCUGGUGCCUCUCUCCUGGGACCCGGGAUCGGCCCCCACUUCCAGGCACGACCCCCUCCCCCGGCCUCUCGGCCUUUCCCCCCUCCUCGGCCUUCUCCGACCCGGGGCGCACGUUCCCCCCGGCCCGGCUCCCACUCUCCCUCCGGGGGCACCCGCUCCCUAGCCCCGGCCCGGCCCUCCCCGCGGCGCAGCACGGAGUCUCGGCGUCCCAUGGCGCAACCCACGGCCUCGGCCCAGAAGCUGGUGCGGCCGAUCCGCGCCGUGUGCCGCAUCCUGCAGAUCCCGGAAUCCGACCCCUCCAACCUGCGGCCCUAGAGCGCCCCCGCCGCCCCGGGGGAAAGAGAACUCGAGCGCGCUGAGCGGAGAGCGGGAGAACGUGUCCUCGCUCGCCGGCCGGGAGGCCCCGGAGCCGGCCCAUGGGGAGCGGGCGCCCGGCGCUGGCCACGACGACCGCCGCCGCCCGCGCCGCGCCUGGCCCGCGAAGCCCAGGGACCCCCUCUGGGAGAGCCCCAUGAGGGCAGGAGAGUGAUGGAGAGUACGCCCAGCUUCCUGAAGGACACCCCAGCCUGGGAGAAGACAGCCCCCGAGAAUGGCAUCCUGGGACGGGAGCCGGAUACCCUGCCUCGAGAUGGUCUGCGCCGUGGUGCACUGUGCCUCGGAGAGCCUGCUCCCUUCUGGAGGGGUGUUCUAAGCCCCCCAGACUCCUGGCUUCCCCCUGGCUUUCCCCAGAGCCCCAAGGACACAAUCCCACUGGUGGAGGGAGAAGGCCCCCGAAAUGGGGAGAGGAAGGCCAGCUGGCUGGGCAGCAAGGAGGGGCUGCGCUGGAAGGAGGCGGUGCUCACCCACCCACUGGCCCUCUGUGGCUCGGCAUGCCCACCUCGUUAUGGCCCCCUGAUUCCUGAGCAUAGUGGUGGCCAUCCCAAGAGCGAUCCUGUGGCCUUCCGGCCCUUGCAUUGCCCCUUCCUUCUGGAGACCAAGAUCCUCGAGCAAGCUCCCUUCUGGGUGCCCACCUGCUUGCCACCCUACGUAGUGUCCAGCCUGCCCCCAGAGCGUCCGUGUGACUGGCCCCUGGCCCCACACCCCUGGGUGUACUCAGGGGGGCAGCCCAAAGUGCCCUCUGCCUUCGGCUUAGGCAGCAAGGGCUUUUACCACAAGGAUCCAAGCAUUCUCAGGCUGGCAAAGGAGCCACUGGCAACUGCGGAACCUGGGCUGUUAGGCUUGGCCCCUGGUGGGCAUCUCCAGAGAACUGGGGAAGCGGAACGUCCUUCAUUCCACCAGAGAGAUGGAGAGGCAGGAGUCGGCAGGCAUCAGAAUCUUUGCCCAUUCCUGCUGGGGCAUCCGGACGCUGUUCCCCGGACCCCCUGGCCUGGUUGUCCCCCGGGCCUGGUUCAUACUCUCAGCAACGUCUGGGCUGUACCGGGGGGUGGGAGCCUUGGGUACCAGCUGGGACCAUCAGCCACAUCCAGGUGUCCCUCUCCUGGGCCUCCUACCCCCCAGGGAGGCUGUUGCUCAUCUCACCCACCUGCUAGAGAUGGAGGCCUUGGCCCUUGUGGGAAGUGCCAGGAGGGGGGUGCCAUCGGGCCCAGUGAAUCCAACGAGGAAGUGAACAAGGCAACUGGUCCCAGGGCCUGCCCACCCAGCCAUCACACCAAGCUAAAGAAGACAUGGCUCACACGACACUCUGAGCAGUUUGGGUGCCCAGGGGGCUGCCCCAGGGAUGAGGAGAGCCCACCUGCCCAGCUGCAGGCCCUCAAGAGGGCAAGCAGCCCUGAGGGAGCUGGUGGCAGCCCAGCUGCCAAGCGCCCACCCAACCCUUUCCCAGGCAGUGUGGGACAGGGGGCCAAAGGCUGGCAGGAGAUGCUGGAGUCAUCGUUUGGGAACAAGGUGGAGGCCUCACAGCAUACUAACCACAGAGGACCCCAAGAUGGCAGGGCCAGCCUCCAGGACCCGGGGCUUCAUGACACAUCUUGUUCGGCUCCCCUGGCAGGCACAGCUCAGUGCCAAAGCUGUGCCCAUGCAGCUGGAGAGGCGGGAGGGCUGGCCCGUCCCUCCCAGCAAGUGGUGAGAUUGCCUCUGGGAGGGGAGCAGCCGCAGGAGGAAGACUCUGCAGCCUGCCCUGAGGAGGGAGGAUGGUCUGGCCCUGAGGCCAGGCUCAGCAAGGGCCUCGCCAAGCAUCUGCUAAGUGGUUUGGGGGACCGACUGUGCCGCCUGCUGCGGAGGGAGCGUGAAGCUCUGGCCUGGGUGCAGCGGGAAGGCCAGGGGCCAGCCAGGACGGAGGACAACCCAGGCGUUCCUCGCUGCUGUAGCCGCUGUCACCGGGGACUCUUCAACACCCACUGGAAAUGCCCCCACUGCAGCCACCGGCUGUGUGUGGCUUGUGGUCGCAUGGCAGGGGCUAGGUGGGCCAGGAAAGCAGGCCCUCAGGAAGAGUCCGUGGAGGAGUGUCCCCAAGAGGCCGGGCAUACUGCCAGUUCCCUGACGCUCACCCAAUUUGUUUCCAGCCAGGCCUUGGCAGAGUUGAGCACCGCCAUGCACGAGGUUUGGGUCAAGUUUGACAUCCGGGGGCACUGCCCCUGCCAAGCUGAUGCCCGGGUGUGGGCCCCUGGGGAUGGGGGCCAGCAGAAGGAGCCGACAGAGAAAACUCCCCCAGUUCCACAAUCUUCUUGCAACGGGGAUACCAACAGAACCAAGGACAUCAAAGAGGAGACCCCGGACUCCACUGAGACCCCGGCAGAGGACCGUGCCGGCCGAGGACCCCUACCUUGUCCCUCUCUCUGUGAACUGCUGGCCUCCACUGCUGUCAAACUCUGCUUGGGGCACGAGCGGAUACACAUGGCCUUUGCCCCGGUCACUCCUGCCCUGCCCAGUGAUGACCGCAUCACCAACAUCCUGGACAGCAUCAUUGCGCAGGUGGUGGAACGGAAGAUCCAGGAGAAAGCCCUGGGGCCUGGGCUGCGGGCCGGGCCAGGACUACACAAAGGCCUGGGCCUGCCCCUCUCGCCAGUGCGGCCCCGGCUGCCUCCCCCCGGAGCUCUGCUGUGGCUGCAGGAGCCCAGGCCUCAGCGAGGCUUCCGUCUCUUCCAGGAGCACUGGAGGCAGGGCCAGCCUGUGUUGGUGUCAGGGAUUCAGAGGACAUUGCGAGGCAACCUGUGGGGUACGGAAGCUCUUGGGGCUCUUGGAGGCCAGGUGCAGGCACUGACCCCCCUCGGGCCUCCCCAGCCCACAAGCCUCCACAGUACAACAUUCUGGGAGGGAUUCUCCCGGCCUGAAAUUCGCCCAAAGUCAGACGAGGGCUCCGUCCUUCUGCUGCACAGAGCUCUGGGGGAUGAGGACACCAGCAGGUUGGAGAACCUGGCUGACAGUCUGCCCCUCCCCGAGUACUGUGCUCGCCAUGGGAAACUCAACCUGGCUUCCUACCUCCCACCUGGCCCCGCCCUGCGUCCACUGGAGCCCCAGCUGUGGGCAGCCUAUGGUGUGAACCCACACCGUGGGCACCUGGGGACCAAGAACCUCUGUGUGGAGGUGACUGACCUGGUCAGUGUCCUGGUAUGUGCCGAAGCCCCACCGCCUGCCUGGCACCGGGCACAGAAAGACUUCCUCUCAGGCCUGGACGGGGAGGGGCUCUGGUCUCCCGGCAGCCAGGUCAGCACUGUGUGGCACGUGUUCCGGGCCCAGGACGCCCAGCGCAUCCGCCGCUUUCUCCAGAUGGUGAGCUGGACGGCCUUGACUCACACAGAGAAAGCAGCUUGGGACCUUACGAGUUGUGUGGUGGGGCACACAGGAAGAGCUGGGGCUGAGCAGGGACCUAAAGGUGACGCGAGAGCAGAAGCUGGUGCAGGCUAGGCACUGUGUAAGGGACUCGGGUACACGAUCUCGAUUAACUGGCACGGCCACCCUGUGUGGCAGGCUCUGCUGCCUUCCUAUUUUGCAGCUGAGUAAACCCAGGCUGAGUGCAGAGCUGAGACGUGAGACCAGGUCACAGUCCAAUCUCUCCUGGGGACAGACAGCCUCCCCUGCAUGGGCUCCAGGUGGCAGAGGGGGAAGGGAAGCCCGUCUGAGAUGCCCUCCUCCUGCCCCCUCCUCCGAGACCUACAUCUUAUGAGGUGGUGCUCUUUGGAAUGCUAGCGAGUGAGGGCUGAGAGAGGCAGCAUGGGAGGUAGGAAAAACUGGACCGAGGAGGGAAAGACUGGACCAAAAUAAGGGGCAGGGAAUGAGAAGAUGAGGGGAUGAGCAGGAGGUAGGAAGCUCCAUGGGGCUGGGGAGGUGGAAGGUCAUUAUUAAGGUUAGAGCAGAUGCAGUGGUUCCAAAGUCCAUCUCAACCCUGAAUGUCCUGGGAAAAAGACAUCCACCAAGGGUCACUGCUGCUAAAGACACAUGAACACAUCCACAGACAGGCUGGUGUCACCACAGCUGUCCACCACCCCCCCACCUGCCCACAGGCACGCAUAUCUGCAGACAAACUGACACACACACAGGUAUCUGUAGAUGUACACACCGAUGCUGGGACACGCCGAAGGAAGCAGACAGAAGCACACCUUCAUACACAGAUGGCCUCAUCUAGUCUGGGUGUGGUGGCCCUUAGGCAGUCUCACAGGGCCGGGCCUGAUGAUUCACAGAGAAGGUUCGAGGGGCCUUUUCUCACUGGGUGGCCUGGGAAACACCAAUAAGCUCCAGGAUGGACUCUGAGGGCAAAAGAGCCUUGGCGCCUGCCUGGGGCCAUCCUAGGGUUCAGCCUGGCUCACCGGCCUCCUUUUCCCCCAUGGGCCAGUCUGGGAGCCCUGAGUCCUAAACCCAGGGACAUGACUGAGGGUCUACUGAAAAGGUGGAUUUGGCUGGCGGCCAGGUGAAGGGUGAUGCUGGCUUUGACCUCUGCGGGUACUCCGUGGGCAUCUCCUUCUCUAGCUCUCCUGAAUCCCUGUCUACCCCAGGAGCGCCCCACUCCAGUUGGGCUGAGGAAGGCCCCCCAUACCCAUGCUUGCUUUGGAGGCCUCAGCCUGGCAGGCAAGCCUGUGCAUCUAUAGGGCAUCAGGGCUUCUUUGUGGCCUUUGCCGGAAAUGGGAUCUCAGAAGAAUCUGAUCAAUGCUUUAGAUGGCCCCCUAGGGACAUACAGCUAUCUAGUGGACUACAAUUUAACACACGAUUCAGGACAUUCGCGGGAUACAAGGUUAAGAGCUCCUGGUACAGACAGCUUAUGAGUUCAGUUCAUGCAGGGUAUCUUUUCUGGGUUUUUGGAGACAGGGGUCCAGGGCCAGGGACACAGAAGUUAUUCGAGGCAUCUAGUCCCAAGAAACGUGGGGGUUUAGAUCCCCAGCCUCAGAAAUCUCUGUUUUGCCGACCUGAGCAACUCCAGCCCCUUACAGCCUAGCCCUUUCUCCCACCCCUAAGACUGCCCCCUGCCUAUCCCUUGAGGCUUGACCACUUCCGCUCUUACCCUUUGCACCCCUGGCCUUUGGGAAGUCUACACCCUGCCCUGUGGCCCUUUACUCAUUUCCCCACCUUGCUCAUUCCCCCUUCUC